AUGGCGCGGGCGCUGCGCGCCGCGGGGCUGCGGCCGCGCGUGCGGUUCGGGCCCAGCCCCACAGGUUUUCUACAUUUGGGUGGCCUUCGGACUGCUUUGUACAAUUAUAUUUUUGCCAAAAAACACCAAGGGACUUUCAUAUUGAGAGUGGAGGAUACAGAUCAAAAUCGAGUGGUGCCUGGCGCUGCAGAAGGAAUAGAAGAUAUGCUAGACUGGGCAGGUAUUCCACCUGAUGAGAGUCCUCGCCGGGGUGGUUCUUUUGGACCCUACCAACAGUCACACAGACUUGACCUUUAUAAGAGAGCCAGUGAAGUGCUUUUGGAAAAUGGCACAGCUUAUCGCUGCUUUUGCACCCCUCAGCGUCUGGAAUUGCUGAAGAAGGAGGCUUUGCGGAACCAACAAACCCCACGGUAUGAUAACCGAUGUCGGCACCUGACAUCCAAAGAAGUGGCUGAGAAACUCUCGCAAGGCUUUGACUGGGUAGUCCGCUUCCGACUCGAGAAAGGUGUGGAGCCCUUCCAGGACCUGAUCUAUGGCUGGAGCAAGCAUGAAGUGGCUGAUGUGGAAGGCGAUCCAGUGAUUCUGAAGGGAGACGGCUUCCCCACUUACCACCUGGCAAAUGUGGUGGAUGACCAUUACAUGGGAAUCAGCCAUGUUCUGCGUGGAACUGAGUGGCUUACUUCAACGUCCAAGCACCUCCUUCUCUACAGAGCCUUUGGCUGGGAUCCUCCUCAGUUUGGUCACCUCCCGCUGCUUCUGAACAAAGAUGGUGGUAAACUGUCCAAAAGGCAGGGGGACAUUUUUCUGGAACGUUUUGCUACGGAUGGCUACUUGCCAGAGGCUCUGCUGGACAUUAUAACUCACUGUGGCUCUGGAUUUGCAGAGAAUCAGAUGGGGAGGACUUUGGAGGAGCUGAUCUUGCAGUUUGAAGUAGGCAGAAUUACUACCCAUUCUGCCUUACUAGAUCUUGAAAAACUCCCAGAAUUCAACAGGGUUCACCUCACCCGCCAUAUCGAGAAUGAAGAGCUACGACAGAAGUUAAUUAGAGAGCUGCAGUUGCUGGUGGAGCGUGUCUAUGGGGAUCAACACGUGGAUAAAGAGGUUCUAGAAAAGGAUUAUGUGGAGCGAAUUCUUCUACUGAGAAAAGGUCACAUAAGCCUCCUGAAGAACUUGGUGUCAUGUGAUUAUUCUUACUUAUGGGUUAGACCCUCUGUGUCCCGAGAGCAGCUACGAAUUAUUUCUGCAGAAGUGGAUGAAAUAGGAAAACUAGUCACAGAGCUCAUGACAAAGCAGGCAGCUGUUUUGACUGUGGAGGAAUUGAACAAAGAGCUGAAAAGUCUCUCUAGUUUGCUUCUGGAGGCUAAGUACAGCAGCAUGAUGAAGCUCCUUCGCCUGGCACUCAGUGGAAAGCAGCAUGGACCAAGCGUUGCUGAAAUGAUGGUGACUUUGGGACCCACAGAAGUGUGUGAAAGGAUGCACAAAGCACUAUCUAGCUAAUAAGAGGCAGAAAUGACACAAGCAGCCAUCCCUGGGUUCCGAUGAUGCAGGCCCCACAUGUCAUUGUCCUAGAGCUGUAUGUUGUCACAGUAUGAUUGUCUUUGGUCAGAUGAUUUGGGCUUUCGACCGGGAAGGUCUCAGCAUGACAUUUCCAGAUCUGUAUCUGUCUACACUUAAGCAUAAGCCGGUUCAUACAGGGGGGGACUGAAUACAGAUUUAGGUCCGUACUUAGGCUUUCAUCCUGUGGAAAUAGCCUGGUUUUCAGAUUGGGAUAAAGCAACUUUUAUCUGCAUUUUGUAUUCAGAUCCAAAGCGUGUGGGCAGGAAACAAAGUUAUUUUUGAUACUGGCAUGGUUUAUCUCAAGCAGUCGGUCUCUUUUUGGAGGGGUCUUAGCAACCAGGGACCUACAGCCACAGCUGACAGGUCCCCAACAAGUGGCAGAAGGAGAGGCUUCAGGGGUGAAGAGCUAAUGCCCUCUUAACCACUGCACAGUACCCUGCCAGCCUCACUGAGCGAGAUGCUCAGUGAGAAGGUCUGCGAACAGGAGGGCCCUUGGCUGCUUAUCCCCAUGAACUGCAUUUAUCAUGUGUAGUUCAGCUAAAAAUAUCCCCAACAAUAGGUUUCUUUUUUCCUUUUUUGGAUGAAUGGUGAUGGAGCUCUGCUUUUUAUUUAAUUCUUUCCCUAUGUGUGUCCCUCUGCAGUUACAGAGGAGGAAAAAACGCAAGGAUGUUUUACAACGACGUUCAGUAUCGCUAGUCUGUAACUCCGUGCUGUAAUAAAACCUGUGGGCUUUUUGCCUGUUGUUUGGUACGCAGGAAGCUGUCUGGGGCUCUGAAGUCUUACCUGCUUUUCCCCAGAAACUGUUUUCCAGAAACGGGCGUGCAUGUGUGCCUGUGCCCUUGUGAGCAGCGUGUUUGCAAAUGAAUUUAAUAGU